CAUCAUGGCCUGUUUGGACGAAUCACAGCUGAGAAACCUCAAGGCCCAGUACGAGGCCCAGAAUGCCAAGGGCACUGCCUCCCAAAUCCAGGAGCUGGUGGAUUGCGUUACCACCCUCAAGAUAAAGGUUGGCUUCUUGGGGGGGCGCGGAGCAGGGGUGAGCACGCUGGUCCAGGCUCUGUUGGAUAAACCUCGCCGGGUGAACGAUCCCUGGGCUUACUUCCGGGAGACUCCAGAGCCCACCAAACAGCUGGAGGCGCACGUCCAUCCGACCUACCCCAACCUCACCCUGUGCGACCUCCCCGGCUUCGAAGCGUCCGAGAAGCCGGCCGCGUAUCUCAAGCGCUUGGGCGACCUGAGCAAGUACAGCUGCUUCGUGGUGGUGGUGAGCGGAAGCUUGGGAGACACCCACCUGCAGGUCAUGAAGGCCGUCAAGCAGAAGGGGAAGACCUGCCUCCUGGCGCGCACCAAAGUGGACUUGGAUCUGCACACGGCCAAGAGGCGGCUCCGCUUCAAGUACAACCCCGGCGAGCGACUGGGCCUGAUCCGGAAGGAGCUGACGGAGACGUUGGCCAACCACCGGAUGGACACCAAGAAGGUCUUCCUGGUGUCGGGGCUAGAGGCGGAGAAAUACGAGUUCAGAUACUUUGAGGACGGCUUGGAAGGGGAGGUGCUCAGCUUGAAGAGGAGCCAUGGCGGGGACCUGGAAGACGUGACCGCCGUGAGCCCAAAGAAGAUCGAAGAGCUGUACAACAUCUGCCAGAGCGGCAGCUUGGCAGAAGUCCCGGGUGUGAUCUCCUCGGCCCUGGAAGAGCCCUCGCAGAUCCGUCUGGACGUCGCCGUGAUCGGAGAAGCCGGUUGCGGGAAGUCCUCGCUGGUCAACGCCCUGAGAGGCGUGGCCGCUGGAGAGUCGGGUGCGGCCCCCACUGGGGUGACCGGGACGACGAGGAAAGCCACCGUCUACCCGCUUCCGCUCGUCCCCUACCUGUACCUCUGGGACCUGCCGGGAGUCGGAGUGACGGAGGAGGACGUGAGGCACCUGGACCUCAGCCGCUACGACUUCUUUCUCCUGGUGGCCUCCGAGCGCUAUAAGCACGCCCACAGCUGCUUGGCCAGGGCCAUCGCCGCAGCCGGGAAGGAGGCUUUCUUCGUACGAAGCAAGAUAGACGUGGACCUGGAGACCCGGCCCGGGAGCCAGCCCAUCCCUAAAGAAGAGCUGCAGGAACAGGUGCGGGAGAGCUGCGCGGAGGCCCUGAAGAAGGACGGCGUCCUCUCCCCACAGGUCUUCCUGGUCUCCAGCCUCGCCCAGGAGGCCUACGAUCUCCCCCUCCUCCAGGAAGCCCUGAGCCGUAGCGCUCCCGACCUGAAGAGGAAAGCUCUGCGGAGAGCCAUCCCGACCGUCCUCUCCCGGCUGGUGAGGCGGAAGUCCAAAGUGCUGAUGAAGGACGUGUGGGUGAAGGCCCUGGAGGUCUGCCUCUGCUGCGUGGAGAAGCCGGACCAGGACGUGACCAAGAACCUCAUGACCAACAUCGCCAGCUUCUGCAUAGACCUUGGCCUGGACCAGGAGUCCUUGGCGCUCACCGCACAGGUCACCGGCAAAGCACUCAGGCUGCUUCAGGAUCAGAUCCGAAGCCCCUUCGCUAAGCCGCUGGACUCCGAAUACGUGCUGAGUCUCAUCGUCAAGCCGGUCUCGCUGUUCACGUGGGCUUGGGACUACGUGCCGUUCCACGGCCGGGGGACCAACCCGGAACCCGAGAUCUCCUUCGAGUCCACUUAUGGGAUGUUGAAGCAAGUCGUGGUGGAACUGUCGGAGGAUGCGGAGCGGGUGCUUCACGCAGCGCUUGUGGAAGGAUAGAGCUGGGCGGGGAAUUUGGGGGGGGGGAGGUUCAGUAAUAGCAGCAACAGACCCGCCUGCCCCUCUGCCUUAAGGACAGCUGUUGUUUGGAAACUGGGGUGGAUGAGUCAAGAUCAGUGGGUCUGAGUACAAUGCCGUACGAUGGGUUGAAUCACUCAGAUCCGAUCCGCUAGCGGGAGUGGUUUUCCGCUGGUGGAAGGCAACAUCCCGAAGCAAGAUGCUCGGAAGGGUCUCUGCCUUCGGGGGAAAGUCGCUUCCGCUGGAGGAAAGCUCCUCGACUAGUGAAACAGAUCCAGGGGAUCCAACCUGUUGGUACGAAAAUGGGAUUUUGAGGGCCAAGCAAACUUGUUUUAUACGCCAGGGGGACUU